CAACUGGUGAGGAAAACAAGCCGAAUUUGCAUAAACCACCAAGUAUUUCCUCCAGGGAAUCCUCUGUCUUAACAGAAGCCAAAAAUGAAAUUCCAAGUGCCCCUCGAGACAAAGAAACAAAGAAAAACAAGAAGCCUAGUGCCCAAAAAGAAAAAGAGCCUUAUUGCCCUAAAAGAUCCAAACAAAAGAAUGAAUCCAACAGCACAAAGAAAGGCAUCUUCAUUGUCGGCGACUCGAUGGCCAAAUACUUACAAGGGCACAAGUUGUCGAAGACUUCAAAAGUCAAAGUUUGGACAUUUCCUGGUUCUACAACUGCCGACAUGAAAUAUCACGUCAAGCCACUUAUAAAUAAAAARCCAGAUGAAAUACUCUUACAUGUUGGCACCAACAGUUUACGCUCAUCCAGUUCUDCACAAGCUUGUGCUGAAGAAAUUGCCAAGUUGGCCUCCCUUUACCCCCUUGUAAAUAACAACUCAACAAAGGUAGCUGUCUCAAGURUCAUCCAGAGAAGCGACGACGAAUCGCUAAACAGAAAGGCAAAAGAAGCCAACACUAUCAUCAAACAGAUUUGCGAAAGGAACAACUGGAACUAUAUAGAACAUUCCAACAUCAAGCCUGAUGAACAUCUAAACCGGAGCGGGCUCCAUCGAAAUAGAUCAGGAACCAAACAGUUUGCAACCAAUUUUAUUACUUUUUUAAAGAAGACAUACGAACAAAAUGUCGUGGAGCCCACAGAGAAAGGGAACAAGGGUAAGUCACGUAAUUUAGACAAAAUAUUUGGUCGUGGUUUAACAAUGGCUUCCUUAGAUAUUAAUAGCUUAGUUGCGCACAUUGAUGAAUUACGGGUGUUUCUCGCCGCAUCUCCUGAAAUUGAUAUCCUGGCAAUCAAUGAAACAAAAUUAGACUCUACCAUACUACUAUACCUGCACUUUGGCGGACAUUUUGGUCCCGCGUUUUCAUGCGGUUAG